AUGCUCAGCGAACAGAAGAUACGGGACAAGCUAUCAGUAGCUAUUCCGAAUGUUCAUAAUGUUAUAAUUACUGACACAUCCAACGGGUGCGGACAGUCUUUCGAUGUAAUAGUGGUGAGUGAUACUUUUCAAGGCAAAAACAAGAUUCAGAGAUGUCGACUGGUUAACACUGCCCUAAAGGAAGAGGUAGCUCAAAUUCAUGCAUUUGGAUGCAAAUGCUUUACCCUAGAGGAGUGGUCAAAGCUAGUAGUUUGA